CGGCAGCAUCCACAAUCAUCAGGGCAUAUCGUUGGGGAGUUGCCAUUGUCAACCGUGACCUAAGGUGGGAGAAUUACCCACGCGGUUUUCUCAAUGUUGUGCCGAUGUCAAUGAUUCGCGUCCCGUCUCACUACCAAAAAGUCAUCGUCUAUCAUUUUUUGUUUCAUCUCCUAAUCUUUGCUACAAAAAUUCAAAUCACCGCUACGAGGAAACAUGAAGUUUAUCAUAUUGUUGGUUUUAUUUAUUCCUUUGGGGAUGUGUCAAAGCAGUCGUAACCGCACAAUUCACCAAUUGACUUCUCCAGCGAUCAACUUGUCGCUUCCAAAACGUGAUAGAAUUAUCAGGGGAACAGUUAACGACGUUGUCUUGAAGAACAUCACUAUGGUUCUAGAGAAUCUUCUAAUGAACUAUGAGAAUAGUCAAUUACCAACUCAUGGAAAAGGAGUUCCUACAGUAGUAAAAACCAAUAUUCUUAUCAGAAGUAUGGGCCCUGUUUCUGAGUUAGAUAUGGAUUAUUCAAUGGACUGUUACUUCCGUCAAUACUGGCGUGACUCGCGUUUGAGCUUCCUUGGACCCAUUAAGUCAUUGAGUUUAAGUAUUAAAAUGCUUGAAAGGAUUUGGAGACCUGAUACAUAUUUUUAUAACGGAAAACAAAGUUACGUACACACUAUCACUGUACCAAAUAAAUUGUUGAGAAUUUCUCAACAUGGUGACAUUUUGUAUUCAAUGCGAUUAACUAUUAAAGCAAAAUGUCCAAUGGAGUUAAAGAAUUUUCCAAUGGAUCGACAGUCUUGUCCACUUAUCCUCGGAAGUUAUGCUUAUACAACAAGACAGUUGGUGUAUGAAUGGCAGGGAGGAUCUUCAGUCAAUUUUGUUCCAGGCAUGGCACUAUCUCAGUUUGAUUUAAUGGGUUCACCCUACCGAAAUCUUACAUUUGUACGACGAGAAGGUGAAUUUUCUGUACUUCAAGUAUCUUUCAAUCUUCAACGAAAUACUGGAUAUUUCCUCAUUCAGGUUUAUGUGCCAUGUGUUCUAAUUGUCGUUUUGAGCUGGGUAUCUUUUUGGAUCCAUCGAGAAGCUACAAGUGAUCGUGUUGGAUUGGGUAUUACAACUGUACUGACGUUAUCAACUAUAAGUUUAGAUUCAAGAACCGACCUUCCCAAAGUACGUUAUGCCACAGCUUUAGAUUGGUUUCUACUAAUGAGCUUUUUUUAUUGCAUCGCAACGCUUUUGGAAUUUGCUGGAGUCCAUUACUUUACAAAAGUCGGAAGUGGGGAAAUACCUAUCGAUGAAACGGAGUGGGAAGAUUGGGAACAAGAUCCUGAUAAGGAGUAUAAUGAUACACUGAGUCCUAUAGCAUCUUACAGUUCCCAAGCUGUACAUCCUGAAGUUUCUACAAGAAGACGUAGCUCUAUGUUGUGCUCUAUUUAUAAUGAAAACUCAGCAUUUGGAUUGGACUCUGGAUACUCUAUAUCUGCAGCAGUCACGUGUAAACCAUCCACAAUGGAGAGACACACUCAAACUGAACUUUAUACUCCAAAAUGGAGACAAUUUUUAUAUUGUUUAGCAGGCGAUGAUGCUUUUAGAAGACAACGUCAACGUGAAGCAGCCAGUGGUUGUCGUCGACAUGGGGAACGAGUUGAAAGACACAUUAAUAGUGUUUCCUACAUCGAUAGAGUGGCUCGAGUAGUUUUUCCUGCAUCAUUUACUCUUCUUAAUGUUUUUUAUUGGCUCGUUUAUGUCACAUAUCAAGAAGAAUUUAAAUGGCAAGAUCCACCCAUUGGUUCUAGUUCACAAUAAAUAUAUACAUGUAUAAAUAAUUAUUGGUUAUAUUUUUUUGUUUUUAAUCUUAUAUCAAACAUGACAUUAUCAUGUAUAUCAUUGAUAAAAAGUAAUUACGCAUAAUUAUGUGCUGGUUCCAACUUAAAAAAAUUAUAACUUACCUUUAUUCUGAUUUUACAA